UCUUACAAAAGAGAGAACGAAAGGAUGACAGUGGAAUCAGCACUAAAUGCCUAGAGCUUUUUCCCCCCACUUUACGGGCAGCCUCCUCACCUCCCUGUAAUCCAUAUUUAGAUGGCUAACGCAAAGCUCUCCAAUCCAUUUAUAACUAUCCCAACCCCAUUUCCAUGGUUUCCACAGCUCUUUGGCAUCAAGUUGGAGCUGUCUUCAAAGUAACAACCAAAACUCCAAGAGAAGGUGCUCCAUUUCAUGGAGCUAUCAAAGAGCAGCCUAGGACUUCUCCACCUCCUGUCCUUUAUCUCCAUUGCUACCACCUUCUUAACUCAAUGUGUGGAAGCAGAAGGCUUAGGGCAACACGAGAGCUCACUGAUUAAAUCAUCGAGGAAGCCGAGGCGAGCAUUGCACUUCGAGUUGUACUCAUCUUCGGAUCCCUACUCCUCCGCUGUGAUCUAUCCUCCUUUUUGUGUCAACCCUCCUCUCACUCCUCUGCCACCUUCUACUCCCAUACCAACCCCUACAAUCCCCAUGCAAUCUCCACCUCCACCCUCCCGAUACUACUCUCCACCUCCACCCUCCGGAUACUACUCUCCACCAUUUCUCACUCCAUAUCCACCAGAAACAGUGCCCGGCCCACCAACUUACGUCCCAGGUCCACCUUUGUACGGGUUUCCAAGCCCACCAGAGUUCGCCCCAAGCCCAACUCCUACGGUCCCCAUGCAAUCUCCACCAGGUCCACCACCACCUCCUGUAUACUCCUCUCCGCCAAUUCUCCCUCCAUGUCCACCGGAAACGGCACCCGGCCCGUCAACUUACGUGCCAGGCCCACCUUCAUACGGGCUCCCAAGGCCACCAGAGUUUGCCCCAGGCCCAACUCCAAUGGUCCCCAUGCAAUCUCCACCUCCACCACCACUACCUCCUGUAUACUCCUCUCCACCAAUUCUCCCUCCAUAUCCGCCAGAAACGGUGCCCGGCCCGCCAACUUGCGUGCCAGGCCCACCUUCGUACGGGCUCAGCCCACCAACUUAUUUUCCAAGCCCACCGGCGUUCGUUCCCGGUCCACCACUGUUCGAACCACCAGUCGUAUACCCGCCGCCUUUGGCGCCGCCGACGGCGGGAAGGACAUUGCCGGGCCUUUGGUGUAUCGCGAAGCCCACGGUGCCGGACCCGAUCAUCCAAGAGGCCUUGAACUAUGCAUGCGGGUCGGGGGCCGACUGCGACUCCAUCCUGCCCGGCGGUGAAUGCUACCAACCGGUUACGUUACUGGCCCAUGCUUCUUAUGCAUUCAAUAGCUAUUGGCAGCGGACAAAGGUGGCCGGAGGGACGUGUGAUUUUGGUGGGACGGCGAUUUUGAUCACCAUUGAUCCAAGCUAUGAUGGGUGUCGUUUCAGCCUCAUGUGAAGACAUAAAUAUUGCACAGCAAUCAAUUGGUCAUUUAAGGCAAAAAUAACAUUUGAGACCAAAAUAAGCGUGGCUCCGCCCCAAAAAUCUGAAGUUUUUAAUAUAUAGGACUUUAGAGCCAUUUAAAUUUUGCACUUAGUGCUUAUUGUGUCCCAUGUUUUGGUUCUUACAUUAAGUUUUGGUAGUAAUAAGCCAAUGAAGCUACUGAUUU